GAGGGGAGAAUGAGACCAAUGACGUUACCUGGUUUCCUUUUCACCCAUUUCCUGUACGUGUAAGUGGAGAAAGGCUGGGGCUUUGGAAUUAAAAACACCAGCUGCUGAACUCGCAAUUAAUAUACCAAACAAACUCAAACACUGAUACGGGAUACAAACCCGGCGUGUGAAAUGGAGGCGGUGCCUCGAAUGCCAAUGAUAUGGCUAGAUUUGAAGGAAGCCGCAGAAUUCCAGUUUGGUCCCUCCGUCAAACAGUUCAUCUUGAAGAACUAUGGAGAGGACCCAGAAAACUACAACGAGCAGCUGAAGAAACUGGAGCAGCUGAGACAGGGCGCGGUAAACGUCACGAGGGAUUUCGAAGGCUGCAGUACCUUGAGGAAAUACUUCGGCCAGCUCCACUACCUCCAGAGCAGGGUGCCCAUGGGAUCUGGACAGGAGGCGGCAGUGCCCAUCACAUGGACAGAGAUCUUCUCUGGGAAGAUGGUUACCCACGACGAUAUCAGCUAUGAACAGGCCUGCAUCCUCUAUAACCUGGGUGUUCUUCAUUCGAUGCUAGGAGCCGUGGACAACAGGGUAUCAGAGGAGGGAAUGAAGGUGUCCUGCACCCACUUUCAGUGCUCGGCUGGGGCCUUCUCCUACCUGCGCGACCACUUCAGCCACGACUUCAGUGUGGACAUGAGCCACCAGAUCAUCAACCUCAACAUCAACCUCAUGCUGGGCCAGGCGCAGGAGUGCCUGCUGGAGAAGUCCAUGUUGGACAAUAGGAAGAGUUUCCUGGUUGCUCGGAUCAGUGCACAGGUUGUUGAUUACUACAAGGAGGCAUGCCGGGCCAUGGAGAACUUAGAAACAGCCUCGCUGCUGGGGAAGAUCCAGAAGGACUGGAAGAAACUGGUGCAGAUAAAGAUCUACUACUUCGCAGCCAUCGCUCAUCUGCACAUGGGCAAGCAGGCGGAGGAGCAGCAGAAGUACGGAGAGCAGCUGGCCUACCUGCAGAGUGCUCUGGAUAAACUGAAUGAAGCUGUGAAGCUGGCCAAGAACCAGCCUGAGAAUGUACAGGAGGCCUUGAGAUUCACCAUGGAUGUGAUCGGGGGAAAGUUCAGCUCUGCAAAGAAGGACAAUGAUUUUAUUUACCAUGAGUCUGUGCCUGCCCUGGAGACUCUCCCCUCUGUUAAAGGUGCCCCCCUGGUGAAAGCUCUCCCGGUUAACCCAACUGACCCCAGUGUGACUGGACCUGAUCUCUUCUCUAAACUGGUUCCCAUGGCAGCUCAUGAAGCCUCAUCCCUGUACAGUGAGGAGAAAGCCAAGCUGCUGAGAGACGUCAUGGCCAAGAUCAACAGCAAGAAUGAGACUCUGGAACAGUUCAUGGACUCUCUGCGGCUGGACCCUGAGACAGUGGACAACCUGGACAUGUACAGCCACAUCCCACCUGUCCUGAUGGAGAAGUGUGCUGCGCUGAGCGUGCGGCCCGACACCGUUAAGAACCUGAUCCAGUCCAUGCAGGUGUUGUCGGGGGUGUUCACUGACGUGGAGGCCUCUCUGCGUGAGAUCAGGGAGCUGCUGGAGGAGGAGCAGGCUCAGGAGCGCCGCCUGGAGGAGGCAGUGGGGAAGCAGGCCAUGCCGCCACUCCCCCCUGCCCUGGCGGAGCUCACAAAGGACCUGGACAAGUACAUGGAGGUGCAUGAGAAGGCCAGCUUCACCAACACCGAGCUGCACCGUGCCAUGAACCUGCACAUCGCGAACCUGAGGCUGCUGGGGGGGCCCCUGGAGAGCCUGAGUGCUGCACUGCCCAGCCCGGAGCUCACAGAGGAGGACGCGGCUGUGCUGCAGUCGAUGAAGCGGAUCCUGGGCAAGGUGCAGGAGAUGAGGGACCAGCGCCGGUCUCUGGAGAAGCAGCUCCGAGACCUGAUCCACAAGGACGACAUCACCAGCGCCCUCGUCACCACCGAGCGCUCCGAGAUGAAGAAGCUGUUUGAAGAGCAGUUGAAGAAGUACGAGCAGGUGAAGGUGUACAUUGAUCAGAACCUGGCUGCCCAGGAGAACAUCCUCAAGGCCCUGACCGAGGCAAACGUGCAGUAUGCUUCCGUGCGCAAGGGACUGGCCGAGACCGAGCACAAGUGGAACACGACAGUGCAGACCCUGGUGUCCUCCUACGAGGCGUAUGAGGACCUGAUGAAGAAGUCUCAGGAGGGGAAGGAGUUCUACGAUGACCUGGAGGGCAAGGCUUCAAGACUGCUGGAGAGAGCCAGAAGCACCUGCCAGGCCAGGGAGCAGGAGAGGCAGCAGAGCCUGGACAGGGAGCUGCAGAAGAAGCCCCCUCCUCGCCCCACGGCCCCCAAGCCCCCCCUGCAGAAGAAGCCAUCAGACUUGGAUUCCAGCCUGGAUGACGCUGAGCUGCAGCAGCUGAAUGCGGCAAUUCUCGCUCUGGGUGGGGACCUGCCAGAGGAACUACGCAGCCUUCCCCCCAACCCCACCCUGCCCUUCCCCGGGGUGCGAGCCCCUUCUCCAGGCAGUAUGGCCAGCCCCCCUCUCCAGCCCCCCAUGUACUGGCCUGGGGCCGUCAUGUUCAAUCAGCCUCGCUUCCCAGCUCACAUGAUUCCUACCGAGGGCAUGGUCAGGCAGCCCCACUACCCAGCUGUCAGCGGGCUGCCUCAACGUCAAGCCAUGCCCCCGCACAGUGCACCUGCCAGGGGGCAUUUACCUCCGCACUUGGCUGCACCUCAACAUCAGCCACCCUUCACCACUGAGCAUCUUGGAGGCAUGCUUCCCCAGCACGUCUCCCCUGUGCCGGGCUAUGGGAUGGGUCCACAAGGAGGACAGACCCCAACACCCCAUACUGGCACUUCUGUUCGGCCAGCUAUGGUGAGCCAGUCUGGGCAGCCUCAGUUAUCUGGGGUAGCUGUGGGAGGGCCAGGGGUCAGGCCUUCCACCACAACUGUGGACAGCCUACAGACACCCAUUUCCAGCUUCACUUCUCCAGGGCACCCAGGACAGCCUUCACAAGAAGCCCCCAUAGGUGGCAUGCAACUCCCCAGGCAGCAGAUACCCACUACUGGGGGGUACAGAGUGCCACCUAUGGGGCAGUACCCCCCCCUACCCACAGCCACAGCACUUUGGUCAGCCUCCCGCACAGUUCUCUCCCAGUAUGGGACAGCAGCAGCAGCAAAUGCAGCAUCCCUAUCAGCCCCAGCAGCACCCAGGCCAGGAGUUCCACGGUUCAGUCAGGCCCCCUGUUCAGCCCCCACACUACCCACAGUACCUGCCCCAGCAGAGGCAGCAGCCCCCCCUCACUUCCAACCUCCUUCCCAUCUCCCCACACAGAAGCCUGCUUUUCCUGGCCAGCCCCACAUGCAAGCAGUGCUCCCCCCACAGCCUUACCUCCCCCCACAGCCUCGCCUCCCCCCACAGCCUCACCUCCCUCCUGCCCCCAUAUCCUCACAGCCCCACAUGCAACCUAGUUCUCAGCCUCACCUGCCACCAGCCUCCAUCCCAGCCCAGCCUCACCUGACCUCUGCAUCCCAGCCUCACAUGCACCCUCAGAUGCCCCAGCAGGCCUCAGGGGCUGUGUGUUAUCCAAGGGGGGCUGCUCCCCAUAUCUUCCCCCACCAGACUUCUCAGACAGUCCCACCUCAACAAGCACAGCUCCUGCUGCCUCACCCUUCCAUUGUCCAGCCUCUGCCCCCAGUAUCCUCAACUGCCCCUGCUGUAGGUACCAUGCCUUACCCUCCUGCCCCCUUGCAGCACCAGGGUCCCCUAGCGCCCCACCUUCUCCCUCACCCCCCCGCCACUCAAAUACCCCAGCAACCUCCUCCCAACGCCAUCUCUCCCUCACCAGCUCCUUCUCCUUCCCCCCAGCCCUCUCCUGGCCCCCCCUCCCUGGGCCUGAUCCCCCAGAGACCCCCUCCCUCCCUGACACCAUCCCUCCCUGCUGCAUCUUCCUCCCCAGCCCCUUCCAGCUCCUCUGAGGUGUUGUUCCAGAGACCGAGCUCCACCACUGAUGACCUGCUCUCCUCCAGCCCUGAGAGCCAGCAUGGGGGCCCCAAGGCAGCUGCUGCAGUGCUCCUGCCCACCAAGGCGGACCCCCAGGAUGGGCAGCGCAAAAAGAAGCCCGAGGGGGUGCGUCUGAUCGAGGGGGACCCGUACCAAGCCCCUGAACUUGUGACCCGUCUGUGGGCAGAGCUGGAGCGGUUCCGGGCAGUGGUGGAGGCUCUGGAGAAGCCAGGGCCGGGCACCUCGGAACUGGACGCCCGCUGGAAGGAGCUCCAGGACCUGCAGGAAAAAGAUGCACGGCAGCUCUCCAUUGCCAUCGCCCGCUGCUAUAGCAUGAAGAACCGCCACCAGGACAUCAUGCCCUACGACCGCAACCGCGUGGUGCUGCAGUCCGGCAAGGAUGACUACAUCAACGCCAGCACCGUGGAGGAGCUGUCCCCAUACUGCCCCCGCAUCAUUGCCACGCAGGCCCCCCUCACCGGCACAGCCACAGACUUCUGGCUCAUGAUCUACGAGCAGAAAGUCUCCCUCAUCGUCAUGCUGGUGUCUGAGCAGGAGCUGAAGAAGCAAAAAGUUCUACAGUACUUCCCCCUAGAGCGCGGGCAGCAGGUGUCCCAGGGGCCCAUUACCCUGACCCUCACUACCCUCAAGGUGACCCCCACUCACAUCGAGAGAAUGAUCGGGCUGCAGUACCGUGACCAGAGCCUCAAGCGCACCGUCAUCCACCUGCAGUUCACAUCCUGGCCUGAGCUGAGUCUCCCAGACAGUAACAACAACCUGAUCCGUUUCAUCCAGGAGGUCCAUGGGCACUACCUGCACCAGCGUCCCCUUCACACUCCCAUCGUGGUGCACUGCAGUUCUGGUGUGGGCCGUACUGGGGCAUUCUGCCUGCUGUAUGCUGCCAUGCAGGAGGUGGAGGCGGGCAAUGCCAUCCCAGACCUGCCACUGCUGGUGAGGAAGAUGAGGCAGCAGAGGAAGAACAUGCUGCAGGAGAAGCUGCACCUCAAGUUCUGCUAUGAGACUGUCCUGAAACAUGCUGAACAGGUCCUGCAGCGCCAUGGAGUCUCCACCGCCCCCUGCAGCAAGACCACCAACAGUGCAGUCAUGAAGCCAUACUCUCGCCAGGAGUCCCAGGAUAUUGUGCUGGGAGGGGACAUGCCAAUCAGCUCCAUCCAGGCCACCAUCGCCAAAAUGAGCAUCAGACCCCCCUCCUCCUGCGGACAGAGCCUGGACUUCAGCGACCUGGAUUCCCUGCCCCCUGCCCAGCCCAGCCUGCCUGCCUUCCCUGUGAUCCAACUCCAACCUGAUCUUGCAGUACCUGCCCAGUCCUGCCAGACAGCUGUCACUACCACCCCACCUGACAGCUGCAGUGCCACGCCACCUCCAGCAGAGAGUGAGGGUCAUGUCAACAGCAACACCACCGAGCAUCCCCUGCCAGAGCCAGACCUGGUCCCAGCCCCAACCCCUGUCAGCUCCUCUUCACUGGACCUGCUGGCCUCCCUCACGCCCGAGGCAUUCACACUGGACGCCGCCUCCAAGGGAAAGCAGCGCAUCAAUAAGCACUGCUUCCUUCAACCGCAGAACGGACAGGGCCUGCAGGGGGCGUCCUCGGGGGACGACCCCCUCAGCUCGCUCGACCCCCUCUGGACCCUCAACAAGACCUGAGUCCGGACCACCCAAGCUGGCUGCAAUCCAGCCCUCCCUGAACCACACUGGAGCAGACAGGACAGCAACCCGCUCCAGAGCAUGGGAUUCACUCUGUACCUUAACCCUGAUCAGCUAACUGUACCACAACUCUACCUGCUGCAGGAAAAGCACCCCCCCCUCUCCACCCUCCACCCUGGCAGUAGCAGAGCUCUCAUAACACAUGGCUGUCCUAAAGAGCUGGUAUUCUGGAUUCUGCAUUCUUAGAAAUUGUAUUACUGUGCAUAUGACUUUCUGUGCUGUUGAGACGGUACUUUUUUUUUUUUUUAAGUUGCCCCUCUGAAUCGUUCUCUUUUGUUGUCAGCAUGCAUUCCAGUUUGUCAGAGUUCAUUGUGUCAUUGAUGUUUCUGGGCAGGUUUUCUGUGUGUUCACUCUGAAGAAGUUGAAUCACACAGCCAGUCUCGUGGUUUCGGUUUGUGUGCAUGCACACACUCACUCACUAUCAGACACUCAAGCAGGCACGGUCAGUGCUGUGAAUUUCAUAGACCAGGGAAUGAAACCAGGUUACAGAAACCUGACGGUGCCUGUGGCAGGAAAGUAGUUCACAAAAACACCCAUGGAUAAAUCCAAAGGCAAAGUUACAUUUAAAUUGUCUGGGAAAUAUGAGAUCAACUCUAAGUUUGCUGUACACUAUAACAUGUUUGGGCUAAAUCUAGUUAUUAUUCUCAUACUAUUGUGUUUUUAAACAGUCUUUUGGUAAAUUUAGGGUUUUACAGCAUACUGUGCCACUGGGGAAUCUGAUUUAUUUUCCUUCAUGUAACAUUGUAAAUAAUAAAUAAUUAAAAUAAUUAUUAUAAUACACAC